CUCCGCUGGCGCCAGAGAGGAGUGAACGUUGGACCCUCGAGCUGCCUCGCUGCCGUACCAGGUAUCUGCGGCACUUCGACUCGUCUGCGCGGACGACCCUGCAGAGAGCAGAGGGGAUGCCGGGGAAGUACCAGCCCUUGGUGCACGGGGCCGGCGGGCUGCCGACCGCGCCCGCCUACGGCAGCAACCCUCCAGCUGACGAGAGCGAGCCCCUGCUGCUCAACGAGUACCCCAGGAGGAGCGCCGCGCCCUACUACCCGCCGCCGUACCAGGACAUCUCGGCGGUGGCGGUGGUGGGCGGAGACCGGGCCGCGGCGGACCCGGAGGGCGAGUGGCGGCCCACGCUGGGCAAGCACCGGCGCCAGAGGACCGGCACCAACUGGCUCGGGGUGCUGCUGGCCUUCCUGUCGGGCACCUGCUUCACGCUCAGCUCGGCGGCCAUCAGGGCGCUGCGCGGGCUGGAGCCCUUGGAGCUGCUGCUGGUGAGGGCCGCGGUGCAGGUGGUCUGCACGCUGCCCUGGGCGCUGCGCUCUCCCGGCGGCGCGCUGGGCCCCGCCGGCCGCCGCCUGCUGCUGCAGCUGCAGGGCGUCGUGGGAGGUAUAACCGUGAUGCUUCUGUUCUUUUCGUUCAACCGCCUGCCGCUGGGAGACGCCACUACCAUCAUCUUCAGUUCUCCCAUGUUCGUGAUGAUACUGUCGUUCAUCUUCUUGCGGGAGCCGUGCGGUUUCUUCAGGACGACAGUCGUGUUCCUCCUGCUGUCUGGACUCGUGCUCAUAUCCAAACCUCCAUUCAUCUUCCAGGCGAUGUCGCACCAGGAGCACCGCCACUACGACGUGCUGGGCUACGCAUGCGCGGUGACCGCCACCCUGUUCACGGCGCUCAACAUGGUGGUGAUGCGCAAGUGCAAGGACGUGCACUUCUCGGUGGUGGUGCUGCAGCUGUCGGCGUGGGCGCUGCUGGUGGCCGCGGCGCUCCUGGCGGUCACGAGGCCACACCUCGUCCUGCCGAGGGGCUGGCAGCAGUGGGCGCUCGUCGCCGCCGUCAGCGGCUUCGGCCUGGCGGGGCAGGUGCUGGUGGCGCGCGCGCUGUCCCUGGAGGACGCCGGCCGCGUGUCCAUCACGCGCUCCAUGGACAUCGUGCUGGCCUUCCUGCUGCAGGUGUUCGCCUUCGGCGAGCUGCCCGACUGGAUGAGCGUGCUGGGCGCCGCCUUCGUGCUGGCGUGCGUCGUCGCCAUGGGGCUGGAGGACAAGAUCAACUACGUCGCGAGCCUCGUGCCGUGACGCCCGGUGUGUUGUACUUUGUUCCCGCGUCGACGCUGUAUCCAUCGAGACAUCUAGUGGACACUACAAAAAACAAAAAACGUUGUUUGUUCAACACAAAAUGCUUAAAAGGGACACGUAGACACAUGUUCCUCCGCCCCCCUUCUCCCCGGGUCCGAUUCCCGUACAGCACACAAUGUUUCCGAUCGAAAUUCAGGUGUGUGUCGUUACCUAUUCGAACAAUCGUUGUCUGGAAACGUUUGUGCUGUAAGGCCGUUUCGCUUACAUAAACUCAAAGAUUAGCUGAUAUGAACAACCACACGUGUUUUUUUUUUACAAGUAGUACUCCAAACAGACACGUGCUCUUAUUUGACGCAGUACGUAUUUUAAUGAGGAAAUAUUAUACACGGUAAAUAUAUUCUUUUGAAAAAUACUGCUCUUUAGCUAGCACGUACAAAAUUUCAACGCUUGCGUCCGCCGUGUCACAUAUUGAGGCUACCUCGCAGCUUGAGGAUGUGGUGCACAUCACCAUGAGUCUAUGGAGCCGAGCCUACCGCCAGCCCACAUGGAGCUGGUCUACUUCGUGUCUGCCUGAAGGUGGAUGGCUUGGUCUCGUUUUUAAAGCAAGCCAGCGCUAUUUAACUGCAUAGCAAUAGAUCAUCAAUUACAUGUAUUAACGAGCUGAGAAAUGUAAUGUUGGCUGUUUAUCGAAGCAUUAGUGUGCUUUUACAAAUGUUUUUAAGUAAAUAAAUUUAUUCGAAAAAAACUAA